AUGGUAGCUUCUGCUGGUGGUUGCGGGUACAAUGCAUCCCCAUCUCCGGCGGAGUUUUCGAGUUUUUCGCCUACAGAAGGAAUACCUGGUGCUGUUAAACAAAGAAGCUUUGCGCCAAGCAUGCCACCUCAGUCGAAUGAUUUACAUUCUCCUCCUGCUUUGCCACCACUAAUGCCAGUCUCGGUGCCUGAAACGACCGAAGGGGAUGCACAUUCCUCAUCGCCAAUUAAUUCAAUGGAACCGACGCCUCAAAAUACAGCUCCGCCACCAUUCCCUAUUGAAGAAAAUUUACCAUUGUUGGCUCCAAGAAUUCCAGUGGUGUUGCCACCAUCUCCUCCAUCAGUGCGAGCCCAAAAUACAGCUCCACCACCAUUCCCUAUUGAAGAACAUUUACCAUUGUUGGCUCCUAGUAUUCCAGUGGUGUUGCCACCAUCUCCUCAAUCCGCGCGAACCCAAAAUACAGCUCCGCCACCAUUUCCUAUUGAAGAAAAUUUACCAACCUUGGCUCCAAGUUUUCCAGUGGUGUUAGCACCAUCUCCUCCAUCCGCGAUAACCCGAAAUACAGCUCCGCCAUCAUUCCCUAUUGAAGAACAUUUACCAUCCUUUGCACAAGAGAGAAAUUGGAGAAGUGUGAUGUGUUCGCUUCCCGAUAAGGCCAAGCACCGCUCAGUUCAUGAUCUGAGACGUCGGGUCCUGAACAUUCCGGGGACCUGUGUUCGGUACGGUGUAGUCGCUUUGUUGUUGUUCAUGCUGCCAGUGCUACCCACAGAUUUGCCGGUUAAUCCACUGUAA